AUGGUUCGUAUGGAGAUAUGGCCGAGUGGUCUAAGGCGCCGUCUUAAGGUUAGUCCUCCCGUCCGGGUGGCUAAUCCGGCGGUCUUCGGGCACGGCGGACAAAGACCGUGGUGGAGGCCGAGCAAUAGGCGACGGCCACGACGGCUCUAUCUGCCGCCCCAGACACUCAGUCUUGACUCGCUGGCCCUGCUACUUGGCCUAUCUGGCUGCUCGUGCUCAGCUCAAUGGCUAAGACUGUCUAGCAACCCCGGCAUCCUGCCCUGCGGCCUCAACCCAAAACCGGAAAUUGCGUGGAACUUGAAGCCCGAUUCCAUCGCCCUCAUCCCGCUGACCCUAGGAUCUGUUUGGGUACAAGCAGCUCGGCAAAUGGGAGCUUCAAGAUGGAAAGACCCAUACAAACCGGCGCAAUCUUCCACCCAUAUUGACAACCAGCAGCUGCUGUUGCUCGACUUCAUCUCUAAGGAGGAAGCCAAUUACGUCUCGGUUAAGCUGGUUUUCUUACAACAGAAGAAUCUCAAACGAUUCCGAUUCCGGCUCGGCUCGUUUUCAAUUGUCAUUCGACUGGUUCCGAUUAACUCGGUCAUUCUCUAA